GCUAAUCAAACCCGGCCAAUAUACAUACACAUAAAUGCUUAUUCUAAAACAAACCAACCUUUUCACGGCCAAGUCAAUGAAGGCAGCCGUUUACUAUGGCAUUAUUAUGAUCAUGAGCUGCGUCAUUGCCUUCAGUAUCCAUGCAGUACUACCUGCUUCUUAUUCAUCAUCUAAUACUAAUCCGCUCAUCACCUCUGUGUUGUUACUAGUCGUGCUCCAUUACUAUACCUUGUGUAGACCUCCAUCCGUCUACCUCAUCGACUACGCCUGCUUCAAACCCCCAAACAGUUACCGUGUCCCCCUUGCCACCUUCAUGGAGCACGCCCAGCUCCUCUUCCCCACCAGCCCCAAGAGCAUCGCCUUUCAGACACAAAUCAUGGAGCGUGCCGGGAUAGGGGAGCGCACCUGUAUACCUAACCCUCUCCAUUACAUCCCCAUCGAUCUUACAAAUAAGACAUUGAAGCUGUCCUCUCAGGAAACCGAGCUGAUCCUUAUCCCCGUCAUGGACGCCCUUCUUGCCAAGACUGGCAUCCGUCCCGACGACAUUGAUAUUCUCGUGUCCAACUGCGGAGUCUUCAACCCCACUCCUUCACUCACUUCCAUGGUGGUCAACAGGUACAAGCUCAGGAAUGACAUCAAGACCUUUAAUCUCUCAGGGAUGGGUUGUAGCGCGGGGAUUAUAUCACUCGAUUUGGCACGGGAUGUGCUUCUCACCUGCCCCAACUCGACCGCGCUAGUCUUAAGCACGGAGAUCAUCACCCAGAGCUCCUACCUUGGGAAGGAGAGAUCGAUGCUCCUCCCAAACUGUCUCUUCAGAAUGGGAGGAGCGGCGAUUCUUCUCUCCAACCGCUCUUCCGACCGGGGGCGGGCCAAGUACGAGCUCAUGCACGUGGUGAGGACGCACAUGGGGCAUAAAGACCAGUCCUACAAGUGCAUAUUCCAGGAGGAAGACCCCGAAGGUUUCAUCGGGAUAAACCUGAGCAGAAGCCUCCCAGAAGUCGCCGCGGAGGCAUUGAAGACCAACAUAACCACCAUAAGCCCUCUCCUUCUGCCGCUAUCAGAGAAACUCCGUUUCUUUCUUGCGCUCGUUGCCACCAAACUCUUCAAUAAACCCUCGUAUGUCCCAAACUUUAGACGAGCGGUGGAUCACUUCUGCAUCCAUGCGGGCGGGCGGGCCGUCAUAGAGAACGUGCAAAAGAAGCUCGACCUCUCCGAUGAGCACGUGGAGCCGUCGAGAAUGACAUUGCACCGGUUCGGGAACACGUCGUCGUCGUCGUUGUGGUAUGAGCUGAGCUACAUUGAGGCUAAAGGGAGGAUGAAGAAAGGGGAUAGAGUGUGGCAGAUUGGGUUCGGGAGCGGUUUCAAGUGUAACAGUGCUGUUUGGAAAUGUAAGCGGACCAUAAAGUCGCACCUUCCUGGCAAUCCCUGGGCUGAUUGCAUUCAUCAGUAUCCCAUUUAGUAAUAUUAUCAUUAUUACUAAAUAAAUAUGAAUUGAAGGUAUGACUUAUUUUAAAAAAAUGAAGAUAUGAAUGUAAGAGAAAAUUGUUCACUUAAACCCAUUCCAUUUCUCCUCCAAAUAUGAAUACGAGUUUUUUAUUUCCAAAAUAUUACUUAAUUACUCGUAAUUAAUUAGAGUUUAGUUU